AUGGCCACCGUCGAGAACAUCCAUGGAGAGAAGCGCCCUUCGUCCGAGGGCUCCCUUCCUAAACUUGGCCGCACUCAGAAUGGCAAGGAGCCUGCUGGAUACUCGCUCGACGAGCGUAGGAGAGCAGCUCUCGCAGAGAUUGAUAACGCCAAGUUUUCUUGGUUCCAUGCCAAAGUCUGUUUGGUCGCCGGUGUCGGUUUCUUCACUGAUGCCUACGACAUCUUCGCCAUUUCCAUCGCCUCUACCAUGCUUGGUAUGGUCUACGGUACACAGGCCUCCGCUGGCGCCAUCAAGUCCCUGAACACCAACCAAGACCUUGGUGUCAAGGUUGCGACCCCCAUCGGCAACAUUUUCGGUCAGCUCAUCUUUGGUUGGCUCGCAGAUGUCGUUGGUCGUAAGCGCAUGUACGGUAUCGAGCUCAUGAUCAUCAUCCUCGCCACUUUCGCUCAGGCCCUCUGCGGCUCAGGCCCUGCCGUUGGAAUCAUCGGUGUUCUCAUCGUCUGGCGUUUCAUUCUCGGUAUCGGUAUCGGUGGUGACUACCCUCUAUCCGCUGUCAUCUCCUCCGAGUUUGCCUCUACUCGCAUUCGUGGCCGCAUGAUCACCGCCACUUUUGCAGCCCAGGGCUGGGGUAACUUCACCGCUGCUAUUGUCGGUAUCAUCAUCGUCUCCGCCUACAAGGGCUCCAUCACCAAUGACCAAGCCACCUACCCCUCCCUGCCCUCCGUCGAUUUCUGUUGGCGUCUCCUCAUUGGUCUCGGUUGCGUUCCCGGUGUCAUCGCUCUCUACUUCCGUCUCACCAUCCCCGAGACUCCCCGUUUCACGAUGGACAUCGAGCGUAACGUCGCGCAGGCCACGCAGGAUAUCGAUAACGUUCUUUCUACGGGCUCGUACUACGUUGACCCAGACGCGGUUGUUGAGCGUAUCCAGGCACCGAAGGCAAGCCGCAAGGACUUCAUCCGUCAUUUCAGCCAGUGGAAGAACGGCAAGGUUUUACUCGGGACAUGUUACUCUUGGUUCGCUCUCGAUAUCGCUUUCUACGGUCUCGGUCUCAAUUCCUCGACGAUCCUUACCACCAUCGGCUUCGGUAGCUCCACAACGAAGACCGCACUCGGCGCUUACACCACUCUGCAUAACGUCUGCGUGGGAAACAUCAUCUUGGCCAUCGCUGGCUUGAUCCCUGGAUACUACGCAACUUUCCUCCUUGUCGACUCAUGGGGACGUAAGCCAAUCCAGCUUAUGGGCUUCGUUCUCCUCACAAUCAUCUUCGUCUGCAUGGGCUUCGGAUACGACGCGAUGCAGGCAACAUCGAAGGGCAAAGCCGCUUUCGUCUUCCUCUACUGCCUCGCCAACUUCUUCCAAAACUUCGGUCCGAACACGACGACGUUCAUCAUCCCCGGAGAGGUCUUCCCCACUCGCUACCGUUCAACGGCACACGGCAUGUCUGCUGCGAGCGGCAAGCUUGGAGCCGUGAUCGCCCAGGUCGGCUUUGCGCGAUUAAUCAACAUCGGAGGGAAGAAUGCGUUCUUGAAACAUAUUCUUGAGAUCUUUGCGCUGUUCAUGCUUACGGGUAUUUUCUCGACGUUGCUCCUUCCUGAGACGAUGAACAAGUCACUCGAGGAGCUAUCGAACGAGGACCAGGAGGGAUUCAUCGAGGGUCCUGCUGGCAAUCAGUCCGAAUUGAACGACAGACCCGUCGUUUAA